AAAUAGGUUUGUGAAUGCAGUCGGUUUGAAGGAAGGGCGUUUUGGAGGCCAAAAUGGCUACUUUAGAAUGGAAAUAAUUUCAUGAAGUGCCCAAGAUCAGAAUAUGCAGGAUUCAAAAUGAUAGGAAAUCAACCAGAAACGAUGCCAAAGCAUGUAGUGAAGCUGUUGUUUGCAAUGAAGAAAACAUUUAGGCUCAUGGUGGGUGGAAACCAUACCGCUGCUAGAUUUUGCACACGGUAGAUCUAGACUUCGAAUCUGCUUGCUGGUAAAUCUCUUUCCUUUGCUUGAUCUAAUCCUGCAAAACACAAACCCCUGGCCUAUUGAGGCCUGCAUAGGGUUUCCUAACGCUAGGGCUGUUCCUUUAGUUUGAAACUGUUUGGCGAUUCUCUUUUCGUUUGAGCUCAAUGGAUGUAAAACUGACGAAGCUGGAGCUCAUGUAUGGCUCCCUGGGCAAGCGGCUGAUGUUCCGCAGCAUUUGCUUUUCAAUGAUUCUGGCCUUGAUGCCAAUUCUUUACAUUGUCCAGGACGAAGGUCCAUGUGACCUCACAGCCGGCUCCGAACCCUUCUACCGUCCUGGAGGUCUAGGUAUCGAAUCCCCUACCCCGACGAAGAUCUGGGCGCUGAGGCCAACAGUAAAGUUCUACUCAGGCAUUUACAGCGACCUGUUGAAGCAAGGCCUCCUGCGGCCUGGCCUGAAAGGCCUCUGUGUCGGCUGUCACGCUGCCCACGCCGUGUUGGCGUUGAGAGAAAAUGGAGUACCCGACGCCACGGGAAUCGAUCGCGGAUCGUGCAAAGGCAAACUCAAAAGGCUCCCCUUUGCAGACAAUUCCUUCGAUUUUGUAUUAUCCGCGUCCGUGGAUCGAGCCCGGGCGCCUGCUCUGUUCGCCGUCGAGAUCGAACGCACUCUGAAACCUAACGGCGUCGCCAUUAUUGUGGUCUGUCGCAGGCGGGGGGCACUAAGUUCAAACCCUCUGCAUUCUCUGGCUCCUACAGCAGCCCUCUUCAGAAACUCCGAUGUCGUUCAUGUGACCGUGGCAGGGAAUUCUUCAGUAAUCGCGCUACGCAAGCUUCCCUUGGCACCCAACCCCAUCCACCACUGCUCUCCUCUGAAGCUCAACAGGAGCUUAGUCGAAUUCGCGGAGCCAUUAACAGAAAACCGCCAUAAAGCCAUUUAUUUGCCGAGUAUUCUGGACAUUAGCACCUUAAACCGCCAUGUUUAUGUUGAAAUUGGGGUAAAUGACUCUCAGCGCAGUACAGGCGAGUGGUUCCUGAGGGCUUAUCCGAAGCAAAACAUGUCAUUCAAAAUCUAUGCGGUAAGCGUGGACAAUACAGCCCCUGCUUCUGUUUCCGCUCUCAAACUCAGCGGACUGGAAGAAGUGUCACUAAACCAGAGUGAAAUUGGAGGAUGGAUGAAAAGGAAUAUGAGCGAGAAGGAUUUUGUUGUCGUGAAAUUAGGGUUUCCAUACGCCAGGGAACUGCUGGACAGCGGAGCAAUUUGCCUCGUCGAUGAGCUUUUUGUGGAAUGCAGUCAUGACGAUGAUGACGAUGACGCUGCCUGUCUCCAUCUGCUGAACGCUCUGAGAAAAAAUGGCGUCUUUGCCCAUAAGUGGUAAAUUGCUCUGGUUAAUAGCCUCCUGCCAUUAUAGGUGAGCUUGGCGACUAAGCGACUGGUCUGUCUACUUAGUUAUUAUUAUUACUAUAUUAUGCUCUUGAGAAUAAAUUGCAGAUUUGGUGGUGGUGUCCCAGUAUUAACAAAUAUUUGAAGAGGCCAUGCGUUAUAAAGCAUGGCAUCCUGAACUCUGUAAUUGGUAAUACGUGGCAUUCGCCUUAGUUGUUUCUGCAGAAAGUGUGUUGUCUAUGUAGCUUAUUUUCAUCAUGGUUUUACUACCCUCUAUCAUUAGGAAGAGGAUCAAUUGAUGAAACAUGUAUUAGAAGCUACUUUGUGUGUGUUUUGUUUUCAUCAUGAUUUUACUAUCCUUGUUAGGGAAGGGAAUCAAUUGAUGAAGAAGUUAUUUGUGUGUGGUUUAUUUUCAUCAUGGUUUUGUUAUAUUCAAUCAUUGGGGAAGCGGAUUAAUUGAUGAAUAUGUAUUAAAAGUUA